GCGCAUCUUAUGGUAGUGGUAGUAAUAGUAAUAAAGUAUCACUGUAUACCGAAAUUUGUAGUAGUAUCUUUCUGUCGUAAUCUUGUGUUCAGACAAAGUUUUCAAGAUGUAUUUUGUAAUAGGACUUCACAAUCAAUGGGGAAGUAGUACUAAUAGCUCUUUUCAGAAAAAUAUGCCAUUAAUUCAAAAAGUGAAAGAUAAACUAUAGAUCCGAAGAAGACGAAGAAAAGGAAAUGAAAAGCUAAAGUGUAUGGAAGAAUUAAUGGAGAAACAAGAAGCAAGGAAGAUGAGGGAUCAAAAUAUUUUCCUUCUAGCAGCAUCUGGACAGGUUUGUCGACUCUUAGAUGGUUUCCUGCCUUUUGAUAUCUUCAGUCUGUAGUGCUUUGUAAUAGAUCUUCUUUGAUCAUUACAAACUUGUACCACUUAUCUCAUUCUGCAUUACUCUCAAGAGGAUAAAAAGAUGGCUGCUUUUCAUCCAAUAUAAUUGGCGAAAAGUGAUAUAGGGGAACAGGGUGUUGCUAUGGGUGAUUCUAUCCAACCAAUCUUCUUCAUGGUUGGUCCAACUACCAGUAGCUGACGCAUUGAGCCAAUCAAUGUUGCCGAGGGUGUGGCGAUUUGCUGCAGAAUUGCAGAAAGUGUCAGUUGCAUCAACAACCGCCAUCAGAGAACUUGAAGACUCUGAAUGACAGUACCUGGUAUCACUGGACAAUAUGGCCUGUAACUUAAUUUUUUUUCAAGUCUACUUGUGACAGCAGACUAGAGAUUUUGAAAGAAUAUAGACAUGAAGCUUCAACUCAAGUGAAAUGUAGGAUUUAGGAUUGCUUAGAUCUUAACCGUCUAGAAUGCUUCAUCGCAAUCCUCUGCAGAGAUUAACUUUUAUUUUAGCCGUAAAGUGGAAGAUUCACUUGUCCAUGAUAUCUUUUCUUUUUGACGGGCUUCCAUUAAACUUGUAUGGAUAAAGUAUAUGUCUCCAGGUGCGUCAAAAAAUCUUCUAGUCUCCCUAACUUGCAAGUAAGUUUGUCAUAAGGGAGUAUAUAUAGCCGAUCUCAGCCUCUUAGCUUCCCUUGUAAGGUUUCUGUCAAGUAGUAUCGUGUACAGACAGCCUCCUCAGACCACAAACUUGUAACAAAGCAGUCUAGAAUAUGCUUAGAUCCCCAGAUAUGAAAAGGUGGAUUAACUGCUGUGUUUCACGUGGAUAUUAUCCUUAUCUGUCUGUCAGUUUUUCACGGAUCGCGUAUUUUCUCACAAAAGAAGGCUUUUGCCAACUCAUGGUAAAUAUGUUUCCUUUUUCAAAUUGUCCAUGCAUGUAUUCUUUGGGAUAAUUGUCUGUAACCGACAGUUUGAAAUUUUUAUUGUUCAAUGUUGACCUACAAUCUGAGAAAAGACAACUUAUCUAUAGUGAUAUAUGGUAAGUUUCUGAAUGAAGCCCGAUAUAUUCUCAGUAUAGGAAAUUGUGUAGUUUUGUAACAGAAUGUAACAUCUAAAACCCUGUACUGAAACAAGUAGCCGCUACAAACUGACAACCACUACGUGGCACAUGUUUUAAUUGAAGUGUACCAUGAAAUUCUAAAUCCGAAGUUAUCUUAGCGAACAAGAAUACUUCCUCCCUUGGUGAUACACUUCUGUGCCGAAUUUUCACAACAAAUUGUGGAAAGUUUACAUGUAACUAUAAGGAACAUUAAAAUGUCGUAGAGGCGGGCGUUAACAAUUAAAGUCUACCACAUACCCAAGUCUUCCAUUUGACGGCCUUAUAUGCGUUUCUGUGGUCAAGUGUCCAGUCUGUGCCUUCAGUGCAAGACCUCGAGCUUCACCGUCUUCCAAUGAAUGUCACAUUUAAUUCUUCCUUCAGCUAGGCGAUGUUUGUUCAGAAAAGUCGUUUAUAUUGUUUAGUAAACCUGGCUGAGCAUUAUCGUCAUGGAACUUUUCAUAUUACAGUUGAAUAUGUAGUUGUUUUUUAUUAUUAUAUUUAGUACCUUUUCUCAUACACUAUAAGUAGUUGUUCUUCUAUAAAAAAAAAGUCUUCCAGGUACUCUUACCAUCGUAAAGUAUAACAUAUUUUUAUCUAUACAACACAAGUGCUGGCUGUUUAUACGUGAAACUGUAUUACCAGGAUCGGACUCGGCUCCGGGUGCUGAUAGUUUGUUCUGCGGUAGCACUCGUACUGCUGUCAGAGUGGACCGAGACUGAACUGUUCCCAUUCCCCUCUAGGACGUGUAUAAAUUACACUGGAUUCGCAUCAGGUUCAACAGUUCGGAUCUAGCUCUGCUCCCUUGAAUUUGAGACGUAUGGAUCGAGGCAGUUUACAUUAUGCCAUGUGGAUAGAGGCGACUCGUCGUCUUGUCAUCAGAACUGGCAUUCCUUUCACAUCUAGAGGCCGCCGUCAGAGAUCUCCGCGUCACCUCAUCGUAGAGAAAUUAUGGAAAGAAAAUAUUCAAGCUUUUCUGCCACAGCAAUCCCGAAAUCUGAGAAAUAAGAGGAGAUGUCGGAGUGAUGGCAAGACGCUUCGAAGUGUUGUAAGUGUAAAGGAAAGCCACCAGAUGGCUGAAGUUAACAGAGAAGAGAAUGACAAAUUGAAAGAAACUUUAGGUAUGUGUGAACAUUUCAUUGAAGAUGGCUCCAUAGACACAGCACACAGACAGAAAAAAGACCAGAAUAAAUACAUUUUGGUUCUUGAUUCCAUUAGCUCAUCUUCUCCAGAAAGAGAGAAAGGAAAAAUCCCAAUAAAGUAUGAAGAAAAAGAUGGAAAAGUGUUACAUGGCAAAAAACGAAGAACUAAGAAAUAUUAUAAAGAAAGAUCAACUUCUGCGAUGUCCUUAAGGAAACGAAAAUAUUCUGAUAAACGCAAAAAAAGUAGCAAAAAUCACAGGAAGCAUAAGAAGCUCCACAGAUCUUCUUCAGAAUCCAGUAAUUCUUCAACCUCAUCUAGUGAUAACUCAGACAACAGUCAGUCCAGCUCUAACAGUUCAGGCGAACCUGAUAGUAGCAGUGACUCUGGAAGCAAACGACACAAGCAGAAGCAUAGUAAACAUGUGAAGAAAGGAGCUAGUGGUCAUGAUAAAAAAAAGAAAAAAAAUGUGAAAAAACUAGUAAAAGAAGGCAAACCCCACAGAAAAGAGCAAGAAAAUUCAAAUGAACUUUCAAAACACUUCUCAUCACUUGUUCCUCUCUCUCCAAAACCUUUGCCACAUUUCAGUGUCGAAGAACACUCACAAUCAGCUAGGAAACAUGACUAUCAUAUCAGAAAAUGUGUUAAACAAUCUAGCUCAGAGAUAGAUAAAUUAAACUUGGGAGAUAUGACUUUUUAUAAGCAGAAAAAACUAAAAGUUUUUUGUUCAAGUUCUGAAGAAAAAGAAACCAGAAAAAACAAGAAGAAAAUAAGAAGAAAGUCUUCAUCAUUUAUUAAUUCAUUAUCGUGUGUACAGGAGUUCACCAAGAAGAAGAAGAAAUACAAUAAGCAUCACAGCAGAACAAAUGAGAGAACAUGCUGCAUCAAUAACAAAAUACAAAAACUUCAAGAAAAGAAUAAGACUGAGCAAAGAAAGCCAAGAAAGAAAUCUGCAACCCCUCAAAUGCAACAACAUCAAGACUCUCAUUCUCUAAUCUGUUUCCCUGUUCCUAACAUAGUUGCCAGGAGUCAGUCAGAGGCUGUUUCAGCAUCUAAAUUAAAUCUGAAAAGAAGAAAAAGAAAUAGAUACCAGGAUGAAACUUCUCGAUCAUCACUUCCAGAACAAGGGGAGAAGAAGGCUGAGAGACUAAAGAAUUACAGCAUUAAAUCACCACAGUCUGAUUACAAGUUUGACUACAGAAAAGGAGAGACUGAUUAUAUAUCUGUGAGGAAAAUCAAAGACCCAUUUCGUAUAGAAGAUAGAAAAGAAACCUAUCCAUAUGCUCAAGAGGUAAUCAAGUAUCACAAAUCUCACAGCAUUAAUCAUAUUGGGAAAAUUGAUGGACUUGACUGUUCAUCCUCAUUGCCUUCAUCAUCAUUACAAGCAUUAGCACAGAAUGCAAAGAAAUUUUCAAAAUCUGGUUCUGAAGAAUACAGGAGUCAACAAACAGUGUCACAAAGCCCAAAAGCUCAAAAGAAAAGACAUUCCAAGUCAUUAUUUCAGUCCACCUUGCAAUCUAGAUCAAGUUCAGAAUCACACCAUUCUUCUGCCCAUUCAAAGUCAAGAACAUCAUUCUCUCGAAGGGACCAUAGUAACUGUUCAAGAAGAUCUGUGCCACUAACACAGUCAAGAAGUUCAAGUGAAACUCACCAAAGCAGGAGUAGGAGCAGGUCUAGUAGGAAAAGUUCUCGGAGUCCUUCUAUACCAAAACGAAGAGGCUCCCCAAGUUUUCUGGAGAAACGUCGCAUUACAAGUGCUCGUAAGUGUCCAGUACCCUAUCAUCGACCAUCACCACUAACUCCUAGUAGCCUUAGCUCUUGGUCCUACAAAUCAAAAUCAAGAUCAAAAUCUCUUUCUCCUUAUUACUUACAGUCUUGUUUGAGGUCCAGAAGCAUUUCUCAUUCUCCCAGAUCCAACCAUUCUUGGGCUGCUUUAUCAAGAAUCUACAGAAGUGAUAGACUAGAUAGUCCUAGAAGAUAGUUUGUAAUAAUAGGUCACUAUUAUAAUUUUAUUUCAUUCAGUCUGUAUUAUUGAACUCAUAAUUUGUCCUUUUUUUAAUAAAGUUUUAUGACAGUGGUCACAUGUUUUAAAUCCUCAUAUUUAGAUUGAUUGUGAUUUAUAGUCCGUGUAUUUUUAUCUUUUCUGACAUUUUAUUAAAUAUAUGAGAAAACAAUUGUCAUUAAGUAUGUUAGUGCAAUUGAUUCAAGCAUCUUUCAUCUUUUUGUACUAGUCUCUCUGAAAAAAUAAAAAUUGUAAUAACAAAGGUAUAGUGUGGCUAUACUUUAAAGAGAGGGUAACAAAUAUACUGAUAAUGUUAGCAAGGAAAAUGAAUUAUGUAAUUGCACAUUCUGUAGUUUUAAACAUUGAAAAGAAAAUAUUUUGCACUUGUAGAGAAAAAAAUAUGUCUUUAUCAUUAAGAAGAAACCUUUACUUUAAUACUGUUAAAUGGUUUUCAUUCUUGUAACUGUGUGCUUGAUGAUUCUGGAAAGGUUCCAUUUUUUUAUGAAUCAUGCAAAGUUAACCUCUAUGCUAAAAGAGAUGUAAUUCCAAGUUUUAUUCUAUGUAUAUCUAUGUGUUUUUUCUUCCAUAUUAACAUUAUUCAGGAAGAAUUAUCAUAAAUAAAUUUAAUAAUGGAAGAAAAAAGUUGAGCAGUUUAUUGGGAGUACAUUUGUUACAUGUAGCUUUAGAUUUGUACGUUUUCUGAUCUAAACCUACCAAUAUUUUAUUUACUGGAAAUAAGUGAAUGACUUUCUGUAACAUGAUAUUAAAUUCCUACUUUACAAUUGUAGAAAUUUUAAGCAAGUUUGUUGUCCCUCCGAUGUACUAUAGUUUUUGCUAUGGUAAGUUGUGCCACCUGUAACAUGAACAGAGGCAAAGGUUAAAAGCAGUUUUAUUCCAUGGAAUGCUAUAAGGACUUACCUGAGUUUUAAUUGUUUAUCAUUAUUAUUUUUUUUGCACAUUUGAACUUAAAUUUCAUUGAGUGUUUUUAACCAAAAGUUUUGUCUCUCUUUUUUUUCCCUUCUUAAACUUGUAUUAAGAAAUAUAUUAUUAUGACAAGUAAUCAAUAAUACCAAUUACUUUUUAUUCCUGUAAACAUUUAUUUCCAUAUUAUAUUUAACUUUAACAUAUUUGUUUGAGUUUUUAGUGAAAAUACUGUGUAAUUAUAGCAUGUAGCAUCAAAGAAGAGUUGAUUUUCAACGUUAGUGUAAUUGAUGCCAUGUUAGUUUAAUCUUAUUUUCCACAUUUAUUUCUUUAAACAUUACUAAGUAACUGUAUGGUAUAACUGAUUCAUAUUGAAUUUAAAACUUAUUUAGAAUUACAUUUGAGCUUUGAUCUGUUCAUUAUUUAUGUCACCUAGAGACAAUCUAUAGAUUUAUUUAUAAAUAUAUAUAUAUUUUUUCAUACUUAAUUAACACAAGUGAAAAUCUUUGCAUGUAUCAAUACACGUGGCAAACAUUUUCAUUCUUUUUCUAAUCUGGUUGGUAUCAAUUAAGUUCAGUUGUGAAUUCAUCUUUUUUCUUUAGCUCAUACUAUGGGCUUUACCAACUCCUCAUUGAUAACUUACUUUUAUUAUUGUUGUUGUUAUUAAAAGUACUUAAACCUUGCAAGAAUAAAAAACAAUUAAAACAUUAUGCAUGUCCAGAUUUGAUCAAACAUUACUUUUCCUUCUUUUUACAUCAAGCUUAACACACACAAACAUCAAAAGGUGUUGAACUGAUCAAGGAAUGCUGAGGCAUGUAAGAUCUGAACCCACAACUGCAGAAAUUUUAGCCAGCGUGUUAACCCAUUGUUCAUUUAAACCUUUCAUCUCCUUAAGAAUGUAUUUGCACAAUUAAGAUUAGUGAUUAGUCCUUUAAUUUUACACGACCCAUUGGGGUAUCUUGAUAUAUGAUAUGGAUUUUAAGUCUUACUAGACAACAGUGUUAUCAAAAAUGAAUAAAAUUGUUUUCACCAUUU